AUGAAGUUCUCAACCUCUCUCCUCGCCAGCGCCUUCGCUCUCUUCACAGCAUCAUCUGCCUCAGCUGUCGCCAGACAUGCUGAAUAUGCUCCCCAAGAUGCCGAGCCGACUUGUAUCACCCCAGGUGCCAUCCCCAAUAUCACAGGCUCCCAGAUCCGCAACGUCGGCGUCGUCCUCUUCCAGGCUCUCGAUAUGAUCGAUGUCUUUGGUCCUCUCGACCCCCUCCAGCUCAUCUCCCUCAGCGUCCAGAAGCUCAACCUUCAUCUUAUCGCCGAGACGCUUGACCCUGUUACCACAGCGCCCGUAUCCAUGAACAAGUUCAACUCGAGCUUCUUCCCCACGAUCCCACCGACUAACACGUUUGAUGACGAUCUUGAUCUCGACCUUCUUAUCGUCCCUGGAGGCGGCGGUGCGCGUAGCCCGAAUCUUCAGGCUGUCACGGCUUAUAUCGCCAAGAUGUACCCCAAGGUCAAGAUCCUGAUGACAAUCUGCACCGGUGCUGGUGUUGCGGCCAGAGCGGGUGUCUUGGACGGACACAUGGCGACAACUAACAAGAAUGCCUGGGCGACUAUGAAGGAGAUGGGACCCAAAGUGAACUGGGUAUCUCCCGCUCGUUAUGUCAUCGAUGGAAAACUCUGGUCUUCUUCAGGUGUCACUUCGGGCCUGGAUCUGAUCUUUGCUUUCAUCAGCACUUUCUGGGGCACAGAGCAGUCUGAACGCAUUGCCAGCAUCGUCGAGCAUGUUCCUCGUGCUGCGACUGACGAUCCCUUCUCAAAGCACUUUAACAUCCCGCCCACUAAGGCCCAGCCGUGCUCCCAGGCUUGA